GCCUGUUCGUCUCAGCCGGGCACGAGCGUACGCCUCUCUCACAUGCAGCAGUGACUCUCAUUCAAACGGAGACUGUCCUACAUCUCAACAAACGGAUUUAUAUCACUUAGAACCAGAUAUCCGAUUAUAUAUUUUCAGCAUAUUCUAUUUUUCUUCAACCUGUGGCAGCUUUUUGGACGCCAUAUUUCAUAAUCGGCUACAUUUUUCAUUAUCCCGCGCGCGCUAUCUUACGAUACGUUUGUGCGCGCGCUAAUUAGCUUAGAGGUUAGCCAUCUCUAUUCUUCACAAGACCAACAAUUGCAACGUGUGGAUGUACUCCUGCUCAUCUGCAGUUACAGUUGCACAAUGGCUGUCUUUUCACUCUGUUUGAUUGCUCAGCACCAAAGGAAUAGCAACAGAUCCAGUAUAAUUACAGGAUAGCAAUAAGCCUACACUAUACCUCUCUAUACUUUAAACAUUUCUGGUUAGCCCCAGAUAGUUAUCACAAGUUUGCACUGUUAGAUAUCAGAAUCCUGUUAGACAGGUGGUCAUAAACUAUUUAUAUUUUACUUUUUACCUCCUAAUUUUACUAGCUGCUGUAUUUGAAAUAGUUUAUAGCUUUUUGACAAGCAUUUAUUCCCCAGUAAGAUUGUGAAAUUUCUUUCUGUACUCUGUAAUCAUGGUUUCAACAACUGCAAAUGCAAUAAUGCUGGCAACCACAGUAGCAUACGUGGCUGAGACCCCACUCACAGAUUACAUGUGGCUGCUGAUUGUUGGCUUCAUCAUUGCCUUCAUCUUAGCAUUUUCUGUGGGUGCCAAUGAUGUUGCUAACUCAUUUGGGACAGCUGUUGGCUCUGGGGUGGUUACCUUGCGACAGGCAUGUGUUCUGGCCACAGUGUUUGAAACUCUGGGAUCUGUACUCCUUGGGGCCAAAGUGAGCGAAACUAUCCGAAAAGGUAUUAUCGACGUGGGCAUGUACAAUGGCUCUGAGCAUGUGUUGAUGGCUGGAUCCGUCAGUGCCAUGGUUGGUUCUGCUGUGUGGCAGCUGGCCGCCUCUUUCCUUAAGCUCCCAAUCUCUGGCACACACUGCAUUGUUGGUGCUACUAUCGGGUACUCACUGGUUGCCAGAGGCCAGCAGGGUGUCAAGUGGUUUGAACUCCUGCGUAUCGUUGCUUCCUGGUUCUUGAGUCCCCUUCUCUCCGGUAUAAUGUCGGGCAUUGUUUUCUACUUUGUGCGCAUGUUCAUCUUGCAGAAGAAAGACCCUGUUCCUAAUGGAUUGAAGGCCCUGCCUGUCUUCUAUGCCAUAACGAUGGGAAUCAACCUGUUCUCCAUCAUGUUCACUGGAGCUCCGAUACUGGGAUUUGACAAGAUCCCUUGGUGGGGCAUCCUGCUCAUCUCAUUGGCUGCGUCUCUGGUGACUGCCAUUGUAGUAUGGUUUAUUGUCUGCCCACACCUCAAGAAGAAGAUUGAACGAGAUAUCAAGUCUUCCAGUCCUUCUGAGAGCCCCCUGAUGGAAAAGAGGGAGCUGAGAGAGGCCCACUGUCCAAUCCUGAAGCAGGCCUCAAAGGAGGUUUCGUCACCCACUGCCCCAGCUGCCAGUCAGAAUCCCCCUGCUCAGCCACCGACUGCCACUGAGGAGCGCAAGGUUGCAUUUGACAUCGGAGAUUCUGACGAUGUCGACAAUAAUAAGGAACGCAAGGUGGCGUUUGACAUUGGAGAUUCUGAUGACACAGAGUACAGUGACGCAAAUGAUGUUCAAAAACAGGUUCAAUCAAACAAUCAGGUCCAAGUCAACAACCAGCAAGUCCACAGCAAUGGCUCCACCAACACUACCAACCAGGUCCAGUUCAGUAACCAGGUUCAGUUCAACAACAGGCCAGCACAGAUUCCCAGUAACGGUUAUAGCCAGUACCACACGGUCCACAAAGACUCAGGUCUCUAUAAGGACCUCCUGCACAAACUCCACCUGGCUAAGGUUGGUGACUGCAUGGGUGAGGGAGGUGAUCGGCCAAUCAGGCGCAACAACAGCUAUACUUCCUACACCAUGGCUAUCAUUGGCAUGCAUGGAGACUUCAAACAUAAAGAUGGGGAUUUCCGUGCUAGUGAGGAUGGAGACAAAGGUCCAGGGUCAGGUGGUCAGGAAAGGAAGCGCAUUCGGAUGGAUAGUUAUACCAGCUAUUGUAAUGCUGUGGCAGAGCACACAACUCCUGAGGGUCUGGGAGAGGGCGACGUAACACUAGAAAUGGGAAAAGAAGAUGCAGGCAGCAGCCAAAGCUCUCUGGACGAUGAUGGGCUUGAGUCGGACAAGCCAGAAGUUUCAGUCCUCUUCCAGUUCCUUCAAAUUCUCACUGCCUGCUUUGGAUCCUUCGCCCAUGGAGGAAAUGAUGUGAGUAAUGCCAUUGGACCUCUUGUAGCUUUGUGGAUUGUCUACGAAACCAGCAGUGUGACUUCAAAUACACCUACACCCAUCUGGCUUCUGCUGUAUGGUGGCGUGGGCAUUUGUGCUGGUCUCUGGGUCUGGGGUCGCAGAGUGAUCCAGACUAUGGGCCGGGACCUGACUCCCAUCACCCCCUCAAGUGGUUUCAGCAUCGAACUGGCCUCUGCCCUGACUGUCGUGGUUGCCUCUAACAUUGGCCUGCCUGUCUCCACCACGCACUGCAAGGUGGGCUCUGUGGUGGCUGUAGGGUGGCUGCGUUCAAGGAAGGCAGUUGACUGGCGUCUGUUCAGAAACAUCUUUAUGGCGUGGUUCGUCACCGUGCCCAUCUCUGGGCUGAUCAGCGCCGGCAUCAUGGCCAUCUUCAUCUACGCCAUCUUGUGAGCGUUCAGCUGCACCCCAAGCAGGGGAGGAGAAAGAAACCGCUCCAGUGAGCAACCAGGAGAGAGAGGAGGCCAAAAUAUAUUGCUUACCUCAAUCCAACUAAGGAAGAAAAAGGAAAAAAAAAAAAGUUGAAAUGACUUGUGAUAUGGGCCUGUGGUUCUUGGCUGCAUCAUCUUCGACCUAGAAUUUGCUGUGUUCCAUUUUGGCCACAUAACCUCCAGUGGGAGGGUUGCAUUUCUUUGUUCUGACUUACUUUUCCAUAUCUCAUGAUUCUGUAGAGUUUAUCUGAAGAUAACAUUUUUUUUCUAAUAUUCAUUAUUCCAUUUUUUACUUUGCAAUUAUGUGUAUAUACAACCAUGCUUUGUUUUUAAAUUGUUUUACAAAUUUCAAAGAUGAACAAUUAAAUUCAGUGUUAGUCUUUUACAGCUGUAUCUCUUGUCACAACAUGCUGACAGCAACAUAAAUGCGAAAGCAGUAUUUUUAGGUGAGAAACGAGGUGUGUAUGUGCGUCUUUUUAUCCCCACAGGUUUUUGUUCACUCAUUUUUGCCUAAACGUGUAAUGAUCAACUUCCUCUUGUAUCAACAUUCACAUUUCAUGGAGGUUGUCCAUUGGUAGAACGAUUAAUUAUACAAACUGGAGGAUCUGACCAAUGUCAUAUCACUAAAAUAUAGACAUGAAACCUAAGUUAUGAGUGGAUUACAUGUCUGAUAUCCAGCAAGAUAGAAAUAUCUUAAUGCCUGAAACAAGUUGGUUACUUGAAUUUGACAAUGUAACGGCAGAAUGUUAACUCAUGCAAACAUGCUUUUAAAGAAGACCUUAAGUUUCCUGUUAAAACUUGACUGCAUCCUUGAUGGUUAAAUGCUUUAGGCCUCAGCCUGGUUUCUCUAGUUCAGCUUGUAUCGGCUACUUUCCAGUUCAGUUUUCUCCCUCUUUUUCAGUGAAACUUGCACCUGCCUGGAUAUUUGGGUUGCUUUUGCUUAAACCUUCCUCACUUGGCCUGAAAAGUCGAAUAAGUGGUUCAUGAGGUUGAGAAGGAACAGGAAAGUAAAUGUGGAUGUUUUCUAACGGGGUGGUUUGAUGUGGAGCUGAUCUGGUGUCAUGCUUAAAUACCGGCACAUAUGGUGCAUGCCAGCAGUGUGGUCAUUUGGCUGCAGAACUAAAAGCAUUUCAGACUUGUAGAUGCUGUAGUUGCCUUAAUCGUUUUAUUUUCCCUUAGGUACCAAAGAUUUGUUUUUGGUUUUUUUAAUGCACAUCAACAUACUCUGGUCCACACUUGUGGAAGAAAUACAAAUAAAAAAUAAAAAUGGGAAUACACUG